CAGUCGCCACCCGAAGUGUUUUCGCUACUGUGCGGAGUAACAUGUCUUACAAUGUUGAGGAGACGGAGGGGGGUUCACUGGGCGAACCUCGAAACGCAGACAGCGAUACGGAAGAUGCACCACCAUUGUCAGAUGAGGACGUGCGUCUCGCAGCCACAUACGUGAACGACGCUCGGAACGGAAACCGGGGUAACUUCAAGACCGACCCCAAGUCUGUCAGACUGUACAACCUGUAUAACGAGCCCGCGUUCUUCUGGACGUCCCACAUGGCUGUCGGCGCCCUGCUGUCUCUGGUGCUGUUCGAAGAUCCGGCUGUUCCAAGCAUCAGACUAGACUAUUGGAUCACGAUGUGCGUAGAGCUGUUCUGCGUGUGCCUGAUCUUCAGCAGACUCGCCCAUCAGGGAAUCUUCUCUUCCGAGAAGAACUUCUGGAGAAGCAAACGGCGGCUUCCCACCCUCGUCAUCUUACUGCUGACGUUGUUGGACAUGGCGCUGUACGUCAUCCUCAGUGAGCUCGGCGUGACGUCAGUCAGGUUCUCCAGGCCACUUCGCCCUCUGCUGCUCCUCUGCAUGGACAGAGCGAAACAGCUGCGCGGGGUGUUUAAGAACAUCCUGCUGACGCUGCCUGACAUCAUCACCGUCCUGACGCUGUUCCUCCUCAGCGUCGCCUUCUUCGCGCUCAUGGCGCUCAAGAUAUUCCAGAACAGACAGGACCUUGUGUACUACAGCGAUGGUCAGCCCUACAUGCAUAACUACCUGGACAACUUUUUCCACCUCUACGUGCUCGUCACGACUGCUAACUUUCCAGACGUUAUGAUGCCUGCGUUCGACUACAAUCCCUGGUUCACCCUGUUCUUCAUCAUCUACCUCAUCAUCUGCCUGUACCUGUUCAUGAGUAUCUGCCUGGCAACCAUCUACAACAACUUCAAGGAGCAUCUAAAGGAGUACGUCGAAGACUCGGUUCGAGAGAAGCAGAACAACCUCCAGCUGGCGUUCGACAUCCUGAAGGUUGAAACGGAAGCUGGAGAGGAGGAGCUGCUGCCCAGGAGCCGGUGGAUGUCGCUGAUGCGGACGGUUCAUCCCAAGCGGCUGGACCUGGAACACUCUCUUCUGUGGGACGUCCUAGCCGGGUCCAACCAGACUGGAUACAUCAGCAAAAAAGAAUUUUUCCACGUCGUGAACUUGCUGGACAUGCGGGUGCUGGACGACAAAGGCAGGGAGCCGGAGUUCCAGCGGUGGUUCCCUCGCUGCUUCAGGUCCAGGAUCAGUCGGCUCGUCAGGAAAGCUGUCGCCAACAGGUUUUUCCGGUACUUCAUCGACCUGGCCGUGGUCGCCAACGCCGUCUGCAUCGCGCUGGACCAGGACGACGCCGAGUGGUUCUUCAUGGUGCUGUUCAUCCUGGAGAUUCUCCUCAAAUUCUACGUCUUCGGGCUGAAGAAGUUUUUCCGCAGUGCUAUGAACAUAUUUGACUUCAUCUUGAUUGUCGCUGCGCUGGUCAUCAACGUACUGGAGCUGGCCUGGAAAAGCAUUUCGAACCAGAGUGGUGCUCUCGACUUCCUCCUGGUUCUCCGUCUGCUUCGGUUAGUCAGGCUAGUCUACGCUAUCGAGAGAUUCCGGAUCGUGCUGAAGACCAUCAGUAGCAUCGGCCGCUCCUUGCUGACGUACGGCGCCGUCCUUUUCGUUUUCUUCUACAUAUUCGCAAUCAUCGGAAUGGAAGCCUUCGCUGGGAGGAUCACUCCGGAACCGUUUCUCACCAACCGCAGCCAGACCCGGCCGAUCACGUGCGGGAACCCCCGGCUGAACGGGACGCAGUUCGCCAUGAACCGCUACUGCAACAACAACUUCAACGACAUCCUCCACUCCUUCGUGGUUCUGUUCGAGCUGAUGGUGGUCAACCAGUGGCAUGUGCUGGCAGAAGGAUUCGUGGCUGUGACUCACCAGGCCGCGCGGAUAUACUUCAUCAUCUACCACCUACUGGUCGUCAUCCUCGUACUCAACAUCUUCUCUGCGUUUAUCCUGGAGCUGUUCAUGCUGGAGUACACCGUGUCUAAAGAACCGGCGGAGAGGAAGGUGAGCGCCGUGGUGCGCAGAAUCACUGUCAUGGGGCUCAACGAGGACGAGUCCGCCUACAUGGACGACAUUGAGGAGGAGGAGGCAACAGAAGACGAUUCUGAGAUGGCAGCGGCGGAUUACGUCAGAGGGGGAAGGCGGCCCUCCAUCCGGUUCAUGCUGCCAAGGGGAGGCAACAAAGUGGAGGAACUGCUGCAGAAGAUGUACGAGAUUGAGAGGGAGGAAGAUGACAACAGCUUUUGAGUCACACAACCUUGAGGAUAUGGUAA